AUGUCUCUGUCCCAACAUCACCCCACAGAUGCCGUCGAUCCUGUCUGGACUGCUCCAAAAUCCAUCCAGAUUCCAUCCACUGACAUCUUGACCUUUGCCUUUGCCAAUCUCAGCCAAUAUGACAAUAGUUGCCCGAUCUUCAUCGAUGCCAGCAAUCCCUCCAAUAGAAUCUCGGCCCAGCAAGCUCGUCGGACCAUUCUUCAAUUGACCCACGGCCUUCGGGCCCUGGGCCUGAAAGACGGCGAAUGCGUGUGCCUGCAUGCCUUUAACAACAUCUGGUAUCCCCUGAUCUGGUUGGCGAUAAUCGGAUCCGGGGCUCGUGUUGUUGGGUCCAAUCCCAAAUACACCAAAGACGAAUUGAUUCAUCUGCUCAGUCUCACAAAGCCCAAGGUCGUCUUUGCUCAGGUGGAUUGCAUUGAACCAAUCGCUGAGGCAGUCGCCCACUGCGGAGCGGAGUCCCAAAUAUUCACCAUCGAGUCCCAUGACGCCUCCCACCAAGCCCGAGGUCGAGCUUAUGCCAGCUGGCGGGCACUGUUGCUCGAGCCUGAUGGUGAUUGGUACGCUCGCACUGCAAAUCGCAAACCUGACCCAGAAUGCAUCGCGGUCUAUGCCAUGACAAGCGGAACAACCGGUCUCCCCAAGGCGGCCAUGAUCUCGCAUCGGUAUAUCGUGGCCUUGACUUCAACCUUGGAAGAUGUCUUCCGUAGCAGACCAUACCGACCAUCACAGCUCAUCUGUCUGCCUGUCUUUCACGCAUUUGCAUCACCCUUGGCCCUGAUCCUGCCACUUCGAUUGGGCGUUCCCACCUUUUUUCUGCCAAAGUGGUCGCUUUCGGAAUAUUUGCAAGCCAUACAGACCUACGCCAUCACCGAUACCCCCGUCUCUCCCCCAAUCAUUGGCGCUUUGACCAGGCUCCCCGCUUCAGACAUGCCCAUUCUCCAAAGCCUCCGAUAUGUCAUCUCCGCCGGUGCUGCUCUUCCUGCAAGCGUGCAGAACAAGCUGUACGAUGUCUUGGCUCAAGAUGCGGUGAUUACUCAGUGUUGGGGGACGACCGAAGCAGGCUGGCAUUCUCUAGGCAGUUGGGAAGAGAAGGAUUCGUCGGGAAGCGUGGGGCAAUUGCUGCCGAAUGCUCAAAUGAAGUUAGUGGAUGAGGACGGCAACGUGAUUGUCCAGGAAGGCAAGGCUGGAGAAGCGUUGAUCAAAACUCCGACUUUGUUCUCUGGGUAUCUGGCCAAUCCCGACGCCAAUAGAGACUCUUUCGACUCUGAUGGCUUUUACCGCACCGGCGAUCGCAUAGAGGUUCGGGAAGGUCGUCUGCACUAUUGUGACCGAAUCAAAGAGACCUUGAAAGUCAAGGGGUGGCAAGUCUCGCCGAGCGAGAUCGAAAGCGUCCUCAUUCAGCAUCCCCAGAUUGCGGAUGUUGCUAUUGGCGGCGACAUGCGGGAGAACGAGGACGGACUGCUUGAGACGUUUCCAACCGCAUACGUGGUUCGGUCCCCCGGCAGUUCUGAGCCUCCAUUGGCCGAGCAGGACGUCAAGGAGUUUGUCGCUUGCAGGCUCAUCUCAUACAAGCAGAUCACCGGGGGAGUCAUCUUCGUCACGCAAAUUCCUCGAACUCCAUCUGGAAAGAUCAUUCGUCGAAAUUUACCAGAAGCAGAGCGCGAUUUGUCUAGCGAGAAUCCGGUGCCAAAAUCUGAAGAGGAGGAAGGAGCCAACUACCACUGA